CUCUACAUCAUGUUAAUAGCAUGAAUCGUCGUCAUUCGAAGGCGACAUAUGAGUACGAAGACUUUUAUACUCGUAAGAGUAUAGUAAUCCAACCAUAUAAAAUAUUAACAUAAUUACGUGUAUUAUUAUACAAAACACCACGUCAAAUUUAUUAAAUAAAAUAUCAUGCCUCACCUAGGCACAGCCGCGAACAGAGACUGCAGAGUAGGAAAUGUAUUCCUUCCAGGAAAUCACAUAAAAGGGAACUUGGAAGUCAUACUAUCGCACAUAAUUAAGUUAGAAAAAUGUACAGAUCCAGGGUCCCUGUGCUAUGCCGAUAAUAUCAUGACAGCUUACCAAAACUAUAUUUCAGUUCUUAAAUUUUCUCAUAUAUUACAAUUUCAUCAUGCAUGACAGCUUACCAAAAUCCAAAGUUGGUUCGUAUAAUCUAAUCACCUCUUUAAUCCAAUUUUAAGCACCUUGGGGGGGAAAAAAGAAGAAGAAAAGAAAAGGAAAGAAAAGAAAAGAAAAAUUAUAGGAGGAAUAAAAAUUAAAUCGUCAUUUUUACUAGAAACCCCUGGAUUUUUCUUGAUGGUCAGAGAUGAAAUAGGAAUACAUGAAAAAGUUCAGGAACUGAAGUGUCUAUAAAACAAAAAAGUUCAAAAGCUAAGUCACAACGUCGGCAUGCUAAAGGUAUAACAAAUACAUUUCAGACCAAUGAUGAGUAUUAUUCUAUGACAACAAACACCCAAAUAACCACCAAAAAGAGAAUAACCAACUGCAACAUGUCUCCGACUCUCUUUGCCGCAGAAUCCUUAAGCCAGACUAUAUCCAGUGGAGCAAGAUUGUUUCAGAAAGCCUGCAUUGGCUGCCAUGAUAUGGGAGGAAACAUUCUCCAACCUGAUGCGACUCUCUUCAUGAAGGACCUACAGAGGAACGGAGUAUCUACGGAGGAGGGAAUAUACAACAUCACGUACUAUGGGAAAGGACGGAUGCCCGGCUUCGGGGAAAAGUGCACUCCAAGGGGUCAGUGCACAUUCGGGCCACGGCUGCAAGAAGAGGAGAUCAAGCUGCUAGCGGAGUUCGUCAAGUCACAAGCCGACAGAGGAUGGCCAAAUAUCGAAAGUCACAGGGAUUGACUCCUGCACAGAAAAAUAAAGCAUUUGGAAGGCACAUUAUGUUGGUGUUAAGAAUAUAAUAUUAUGCUACUGAUGCAUGCAUACUAUCAAUUAUUCAUAGAAACCGGACAAAAUGAUGUGCGUUUAUUGUAAUUCACAAUGAGGAAAUUUGCAACAUAAAGGGCUUUAAUUUUUACGACA